AUGGAGAACGUGGAUCCAAUUCAGAGCAGCCUGAACGCCGUGACCAAACGGCUUCAGAAACCUCACUUCCUGAAGAACAUCAGUGCGAGUCGUCUGCCUUCGCAAGCAACUUCAGAAGGCCCUGCGUCUCCGACAGAGCUUCACCCAGCCAGAAGCAGGAACCUUGCCGCUCCGCUAAGCUUCGACGUCAACCCGAAGCCAGCUGGCUCGCAACGGCGCCGGCCAGUUUUCACGCCUGCUACCUCAGUGCUGACUGGAGAUCACUAUGAUGGGCUAGGUCAACCCCUUCUCGGAGGACUGCCUCGCUCACUCGACGAGCUCGAGAGUUUCUUUCUUUGCUGUUGCCGGGCUUGGACCAGGAUGGCGGCAGAGCGCGGCUUCCAGACCUUCUCCCAUGGUCAUCAAGAUCUCGUUCUUGCAGUGGACUUUAACUUCUAUGGCACGCGCAUGGUCACGGCUUCAUCUGAUCACCGACUGAAGGUCUGGGACAGAAAGGACGACACUUGGUCGCUUGUCGACACCUGGAAAGGCCAUGACGCUGAAAUCGUCGAUGUCAAAUGGAACGGACCCUUCAUGGGAGAGGUCCUCGGGAGCAUUGGCGAAGACGGCAGGUUCAAUCUCUGGGAAGAAGACCCCACCGAGCCACCAAACUCAGGCCUCCGCUUCAAGCGCAUCUACUCGCUUCCUUCCGAGACCAAAGUCCCCUUCAUGUCCCUGGACUUCAAGAACAUAAUGCACGAGACCUACCUCGCGCUCAUCACCCGCGACGGCUACCUCUCAGUGUACGAGCCCGUCGACCAAGACAGUUUCUCCGAAUGGAAAGCCAUGGUUGAAACCUACGUCUGCCCCACGCCGUCCCGUCAGGAAGAAACCAGCUUCAGAGUCUGCUUCCACCGCGAGAAGCUGCCGUGCUGGAAAGCCAUCAUGGCUGGGCUGGACCGCAAAGCACUCUCCCUGGCCGUGGCCGCCAUGGACGUCGUCAAGAUCUACCGCCAGGACACCAAAGAUCGGCGAUUCUACGAAGCAGUCGAAUUGAAGGGCGCCCGUGACCUCGUUCGCGAUGUUGCAUGGGCCAAUGGCUCGAUGCGUGGCUUCGACGUCGUCGCGACCGCCAGCAAGGACGGCGCGAUCCGCAUAUACGAACUGCAUACGCCGCAACCGGCCCAGGCUGCUGAAGCGGGCGAAAGCGCACCGGGCUCUUCUUCGGCGUCGGAGGCCACUGUCUCGCCGCGAGUUCGCGCUGGCAAGUCUGCGCCGUCGGGAAUUGGUGCCGGGUUGGCUGGUGCUUCGCGAGCAAAGGAGGGUGCGCAGGAGAACGAAAAGAACCCCGGGCGGAUCAAACAUGUCGUGAAGCUGGUUGCGGAAUUGACUAAGCAUCAUGGUGCUGUCUGGCGACUGAGCUUCUCUCAGAUGGGAGACCUUCUAGUGUCGACUGGCGAUGACGGCACCAUCAAGACUUGGAAGCGGGCCGUCAACAACCAAUGGCUUGAGUAUGCUGAGAUUGAUGCUUCGCAGGAGCAGUAG